AUGUUGUUCAAAGCCCUCCUUGUUUGCGCUACAGCUCUUGGAGCCAUUGCUGCCCCUGCCACCAACUCCAUCUCCCAGAGAGACCCCAACACUCACCUUGAAACUCGUGCCACUCAACCUGGCACAGGCACCAACAACGGCUUCUGGUACUCCUACUGGACCGAUGGUGGCGGACAAAUCACCUACGACAACGGAGCCGCGGGCUCUUACUCCACCAAAUGGACCAACGUGGGCAACUUCGUCGCUGGCAAGGGUUGGGCCAAGGGAAGUGCUCGCGUGAUCAAGUACUCUGGAUCUUUCCAGACUGCUGGUAACGGCUACCUUUCCAUCUACGGCUGGGCCAAAGACCCUCUGGUCGAGUACUACAUCGUCGAGACGUUCGGAACGUACAACCCUUCUUCUGGUUCCAAGUCUAUUGGUUCCGUGACGACUGACGGGAGCGUGUAUGACAUUUACGAGACGACUCGAACCAAUGCUCCAUCGAUUAUCGGCACUGCCACUUUCAAGCAAUACUGGAGCGUGAGACGCAACAAGCGUGUUGGAGGCACUGUGACCAUGGCCAACCACUUUGAUGCUUGGAAGAAGGCGGGUUUGGUUCUCGGCACGAUGGACUACCUGAUCGUUGCUACUGAGGGUUACCAGUCCAGCGGAUCGUCGAGCAUUACUGUUUCGUAG